AUGGAGCUGGAGGAGGUCAACGAGGUGGAGGAGCAGCCGUACAACGGCCCCAACCUGGUUCUGAAGUACGACCGGGCCCAGAAGCGGCUGGUGAACAUCGCGGUGGACGAGCGCAGCUCACCCUACUAUGCACUGCGGGACCGGCAGGGGAACGCCAUCGGGGUCACAGCCUGCGACAUCGACGGGGAUGGCCAGGAGGAGAUCUACUUCCUCAACACCAACAAUGCCUUCUCGGGGGUGGCCACAUACACGGACAAGUUGUUCAAGUUCCGCAAUAACCGGUGGGAAGACGUCCUGAGUGACGAGGUCAACGUGGCCCGCGGCGUGGCCAGCCUCUUUGCCGGACGCUCUGUGGCCUGUGUGGACAGGAAGGGCUCUGGACGCUACUCCAUCUACAUCGCCAAUUAUGCCUAUGGCAAUGUGGGCCCUGAUGCCCUCAUUGAAAUGGACCCCGAGGCCAGCGACCUCUCCCGGGGCAUUCUGGCACUCAGAGAUGUGGCUGCUGAAGCUGGGGUCAGCAAAUACACAGGGGGCCGGGGUGUCAGCGUGGGCCCCAUCGUCAGCAGUAGUGCCUCGGAUAUCUUCUGCGACAAUGAGAAUGGGCCCAACUUCCUCUUCCACAACCGGGGUGACGGCACCUUCGUGGAUAUCGCAGCCAGUGCUGGUGUGGACGACCCACACCAGCAUGGGCGAGGUGUCGCCCUGGCCGACUUCAACCGUGACGGCAAAGUGGACAUCGUCUACGGCAACUGGAAUGGCCCCCACCGCCUCUAUCUGCAGAUGAGCGCCCACGGGAAGGUCCGCUUUCGGGACAUCGCCUCACCCAAGUUCUCCAUGCCCUCCCCUGUCCGCACGGUCCUUGCUGCUGACUUUGACAAUGACCAGGAGCUGGAGAUCUUCUUCAACAACAUUGCCUACCGCAGCUCCUCAGCCAACCGCCUCUUCCGCGUCAUCCGCAGGGAGCACGGAGACCCCCUCAUUGAGGAGCUCAACCCUGGUGAUGCCUUAGAGCCUGAGGGCCGGGGCACAGGGGGCGUGGUGACUGACUUCGAUGGAGAUGGGAUGCUGGACCUCAUCUUGUCCCAUGGAGAGUCCAUGGCUCAGCCGCUGUCUGUCUUCCGGGGGAACCAGGGCUUCAGCAACAACUGGCUGAGAGUGGUGCCUCGCACCCGAUUUGGGGCCUUUGCCCGGGGGGCUAAGGUCGUGCUCUACACCAAGAAGAGCGGGGCCCACCUGAGGAUCAUCGACGGGGGCUCGGGCUACCUGUGCGAGAUGGAGCCUGUGGCACACUUCGGCCUGGGGAAGGAUGAAGCCAGCAGCGUGGAGGUGACGUGGCCAGAUGGCAAGAUGGUGAGCCGCAGCGUGGCCAGUGGGGAAAUGAACUCGGUGCUGGAGAUCCCCUACCCCCAGGAUGAGGAGAAACUUCAAGAUCCAGCCCCACUGGAGUGCGGCCAAGGAUUCUCCCAGCAGGAAAAUGGCCAUUGCAUGGACACCAAUGAGUGCAUCCAGUUCCCAUUCGUGUGCCCUCGAGACAAGCCCGUAUGUGUCAAUACCUAUGGAAGCUACAGGUGCCGGACCAACAAGAGGUGCAGUCGGGGCUACGAGCCCAACGAGGAUGGCACUGCCUGUGUGGCUCAAGUGGCCUUUUUAGGUGGGUAUUCUUCUGCCGCCUUUAGAAUCUCUGAGCCUCUCUCUCGGGCCUCAUAUCUUUCUCUAAGCCUUGGACUUUGCCUUCAGUUAUAUGCACUUUAAAUCCCAUCAAUAAAGGAAAAAAACAAAACAAAACUAACAACCUUGUGGAACACUAAAUCUCUCUCCUGCUGCCUGUCUCUCUCUGCCCGCCCAGUAGAAUCUGCUGAGCGCUCCCUCUGGACAGCAGGGGAGGCCAUCUUGGAAAAGGGAAGUGUGGGAGAUACUGAUGCAACUUCAGUUGUUCGUGAAGCCUUUCUUUGCAUGUUUUCUGAGAAAACAGAAAAGGAAAGUCUCCCUUAUAUCCCAUCCAGCACCCUCACUCCUUCAGAAGAAUCAAGAUAGUCCUGUCUUCUCUGUAUCCUCCAGUGUCUCGUGAGCUUCUUAUUUUGCCCUUAACAAAGAUGGCUCCUAGGUGGUCACUUGCUUGGUUGAGUCGAUAAUGUAUCGUGUGCCUGCUGGUUUGGCCUGUGCUGUUUCUGCUUUGUGUGCCCUGAUUUCCUGUGGUAGAGAAAGCCUUAUUGGGGUUGGUGGUGAUGAUGAGAGGGGGAAAGAUGGCACUUUGGGACUCUUGAUAAAAAUGUUAAACUUGCUAAGUCUUCCAGCCUCUUUUCUGGAGAAAUCAUGCCAAUAAACUCUCUGUUGGGUA